CUAUUUGGAUUCAGUGGAGUAAUGGAGUUAGUGAAUGGGGUGUAUUCGAUCCCUGUGUUGAUAUCCAAAGGGAUGUUUCAUAUGUUUUCAACUCACUUGGAGAUCCUGGCUGCAGUUGGAGUCUUUAUCAUCAUGUGGAACAUUUUCCGCCUCCUUCAUUUCUGGUAUACAAUGGUACAGCAGUAUGUCACUCCAUGUCUUUUAAGCAGGACCAAGCAUAUCAGACAGUAUGGAGAAUGGGCUAUAAUUACUGGGGCCACAGACGGCAUUGGUAAAGCAUAUGCAGAAGAGCUGGCAAGUCAUGGUAUGAACAUCAUCUUGGUCAGCCGCAACCCUGAAAAGCUUAAUAAAGUAUCUGAAGCCAUUGCUGCGACAUACGGAGUGAAAACUCGUUUCAUUGUGGCUGAUUUCAACUUGGGACAUAAAGUAUAUUCUCAUAUUAAGGAGGCUCUAAAAAAUGUGGAUGUGGGCAUUUUAAUUAACAACGUUGGAGUGUUUUAUGAUUAUCCACAGUUAACUGCAGAUGUUUCAGAAGAUAAACUAUGGGAAAUUAUAAAUGUCAAUAUUGGAGCAAGUGUCAUGAUGGUUAAGAUAGUUCUCCCAGGCAUGGUACAGAGGAAGAGAGGAGCCAUUGUCAAUGUGUCUUCUGCGACAUGUGUCAAACCCAUACCUCUAAUUAACAUAUACGCAUCGUCCAAGUCUUUCAUGGAUCACUUUACUCGAGGUCUACAUUAUGAAUAUUCUUCCAAGGGAAUCUUUAUUCAGAGCUUAGUCACAUUUUUUGUAAAGACCAAUAUCACAGCAUUUAGUACAUUCUUGAAGACAAAACCAUUACUUGUUGCUGAUGCAAAGGAUUAUGCUCGUCAAGCAGUAAGGACCAUUGGUAUAUCACGAAGAACAGCAGGACACCUGUCUCACUCUAUCCAGGAAGAAGGAGUUAUUUGCCUCUGCAUGUUCUCCAUUAAACAGUUUAUCAACUGUGCAUCAGAGUAUGUCGUUUACGGCAUCCUGUGCCCUUGCGGUAAGCUUUAUGUGGGUCGUACCUCAAGAACGUUGAGAGUGAGAUUUGGAGAACACAAGAGAAACAUCUUAAACAAGGUAAAUAACCACUCUAUACUGAGACAUUUCCUGGAAGUCCAUGUGUCCAACCCUGAAGGACUUAAAGUCUUUGGGAUAGAGCUGAUCUCAUCCACCAAUAAUGAUGGUCAUCAAGAGCCCAAAAAUGAGAAAGAAAAAAGGGAACUAGACGGUUGCGUAGGAGAGGCAAAUGGGGUGGAAGAAAGGCAAAAGAGGGAAAAAGAUACAAUAAAAAUGCAUUUUCUGAAUACUCUGGAAAAGUGUAAGGUAGAAUCCAAGGGCGAUGAUGGGCAUGGAAAUGAGCGAGAGAUUGAUAUAACAUUGUCUGAUCAUAAUGAAGAUACUGAGAUGGAUAGACUGGCACUGAAAUGUUUACAAGAAUUGUGGGAUGCAGAGAUUGAGAGCUACUCCUCUCCCUACCAGCCCUUUGAGCGGGAGAGAAGCCUUUCAGACUGGAGCCUAGUCCACUUGGCAAAUGCUCACUAUGCCCAAUGA